CAGCCACCCAACCCAUCUUAAAGGACCACCCUGCAAGUCGCUCCCAUAAAAAUUUUAACAAGUCCCCUAUAAGGAAGGCACGUGUGCGUCUCGCCGUGCCCCCGUGCCCACUCCGCGCGUCACCCGGCCACGCGCGGCCUGCGCAGCCGCGAUCACCGCGCGCACCAUGUCCGCGCACCUCGCCAUCUCCCACCAAUCUUAUUUCAUCAACCAGGAACAAUUAAAUCGCUAUGAAAAUUUAUUCUUCACGCGAGGGAAAGAGACUUUAAGUUACGAUGAACUUCACUCCAUUUUCUGGCCACAUCCCGACAGCCGCGGCGAUCCCUAGUAUCCACCAAUUCGCCGCAAAAUUUGGCUAUGAAGGAGCUGGAAGUACUUCGAGCGGCGUGCUGCAGGAGACAAGAUAUCAGACUCCUGGAAGUGGAUCCGGAGUUCAGUUCGCUGUGGCACCAGCUUCCAGUAGCGUUGCACUAGAUGGUGUAAAAUUUCGACAAGCUGAGAGUGUGGUUGUGGUUAGCAGCGCUCAACCUGGGACAGUAGCACUUGCUGGACUAGCCCCUAUUCACACAGUUAACACUGGCGUGAAAUACCAAACUAUAUCUGCUUCUACAUCAUCUGUGAAUCUUGGCAAUAUCACGUACGGCGGACAAGCUAGCUAUGUCCAGACAGAAACUGUGCAACAGCAGCUCAAAGCGGAACAGAGAACUGACAAAAGGGAGUAUCGAGAGGAGUUACACCAUGACCUUAUGGCUACCAUGAUGCACCAGCAUCAAGUGACUCAAGCAACACCCAUCCAGCAAGGCACGCAACAGUUAUUAGUAGUUCUACACGAGCCUAAAGAAGCAGCGGCCCUCGCGCGCGCUAUCAAGCAGGAGGGCAGGCCCGAGCGAGCUGCCGCUACGGCGCCAGCGGAAUUCAUUAGUAUCGGUGACGUGACCGACGCGUCCACGUGGCAGUCGCUUGGUGGUGGGGUGGCCGACUACCUCUCCUCUUUGCCUUUGCCACUUCAUCAUCUGCUCAAAUAUUCCACUCCUGCCGCCAUCAGUGAUGGCAAAAGGGAUGACCAGCCGACUAUAAUUACCGCUGUCAAUGCUAACUCUUUGAAUGCCGUGCCUAUUGCUACGGUACGCGAGACGCAGAUGCCACCAAAUUCAGUGAAUAGUGUAGUGGUGCAAACUGCUACUAUUGUCAACCAGACGAUAAACACGAAUAAUAUAGCAAUAUCGAAGAAAAAGAAGAAGAAGAAAUUUAUCAAGGAGAAGAAACAGCGACCAAAACCAGGGGAAAUACGACUAACCACUGCAUUAGAUGGCAGUACGCUAUAUUGCUGCCCUGAAUGUCACAUGGCCUAUCCAGAGCGUGGAAUGUUGGAGCAACACUUGGUCGGUCACACCAUGGAGAGAAGGUUUAUAUGUGACAUUUGUAAUGCGGCAUUGAAAAGGAAAGACCACCUCACCCGACACAAGCAGUCGCAUAACCCGGAACGACCACACGUGUGUUCCGUGUGUCUCAAAGCGUUCAAGAGGAAAGAACAACUGACAUUGCAUUUCGUGAUCCAUUCGGGUGAGAAAAGACAUAUCUGCAACGAAUGCGGGAAAGGGUUCUAUCGCAAAGACCACCUCCGCAAGCACACGCGGUCCCACAUAGCGCGGCGCGUGAAGGCCGAGCUGUCCCAGCAGGGCUCGAGCUCACCGCCGCUAGCGCAGCCCGUGCCGGCACCUGCGCCCUCUUGACCGGACGACGAUAAGCACGAUCUCCUCACGCUAAUACAGGCUACCAAGGACGCCUUCUGAAUUCAACGGAGUAACAAUGAUCGGAAGUUAAAAAUAAGGGCGCGAUCCAACAUGGAGGUUAAGUAAAAAUUGGUAAAACGGGGUGAAUAGAACUCAAAGUACUAAAAAUUUAAUAAUUAGACUAGGCAUUGUUGGUGGGUUCGUUGGGGUGAAAAGCCUUUCUCGAUACAAAAGUCCGUAAAUCACAGUACGACGCCAGCAACAUCUAUUUAAAAUUUCAUCAUAUACCAUUUGAGCAAAUUACCGCAAUAAAAAGUAGCCUAUGUAUUAAUCCAAGAUAUGGUCUACUCCUGUGCCAAAUUUCAUACAAAUCCGUUCAGUAGUUUCUACGUUUACUCCUAACGAACAUACAGGCAUUUUCACAAACUUUUGCAUUUACAAUAUUAGUACGAUUAAGAUAAUAGUAGUAAGAUUUGGUAAAGCGAAUCAAAAUUAAUAAUUAAUUUUGUUUAGAAUGAGUAGAAACGUUUAUAUUUGCUUUAUUAUAGUUGCUUCAACUUUGGAAUAAUAAAUUUCGUUUAUCGCACCAAGUCCUAUUCACUCCGUAUUAUAAGUACUUAAGUACUAAAAACAUGUAAUUAUGUAGAUUUUAUCAUUUUUAUAACGAGUCAGACGUAUCGAUAUAGCGGGUUGAAUCUUUUAUCUUAUAUUAUAUUUUUUGUGAUGAAAGUAUCUAAAUAUUAAUUUAUUCUGUUUAAUGAUUGUUAUUGACCUCUAAAAGAGUUUUAUUCGUUUAUCGAUAAAUUGUUUAUAUUCAAAAUUCGUUUAUUUAUAAAAAUAUUUUUGGGAUUUUAAUGUUUUAUUAGUUUAAAUGUUUAUAAAUUGUAAUGGACAGUUGUUGUAUUUUAGUUGUAAAAAUAUAGUCGUAAGUGACUUGAACGUUUUGUCAGUUAGACUGGAAGAGAUGCGACGCAUGAUUGUGGAUGGAUUUAAUGGCAAGUAGUUAUAUUUCCAAAAGCGAAGCUUUGGCCAUAGAAAAAGGAAAAAUAUUUGUUACAGAAAACAUACCUGAAAUACCACAUCCUUCAUGGUCUAUGGAUUGAUAAAAAUAUUGAGUCAUUGUAUUAUUUCCGAGGGAAUAAAGGCAAUUGAUCAAAUAUAAGAGUAAUACUUGUCACUGCCAAGGAAGUAUAGAAGAAAUAAAGGAUCUCGUAGUUCGUAUAAAUUUUUACCUUAGCGGCGAAUCGCAGGUCAUAGAUAAAACAUAUUCGAUUAUAUAAAUAAAACAUAUUUUUAUAGAUAAUAAAAGUUCAUAUUGAUUAAAAAUGGGGAAUAGUACAAAAAACUGUGCAACAUUUCGAAAGAGCGAUUUCUUUGGAUUCUUUGCUCUAAUCAUAGUCGAAGCAAUAUUAGCUUAACAUAAAGCAAUAAUUAUACAACAAAAUAGACAAUGCUUUUCACUUCUUUUACGAAGAGAUUUGUAAUUUUAGAUAAUAUCUCAUCAGUAAAUCGUUUAAAUUUUACACAUGUAAACAAUUCAGCAAUUUUUUUUUUUCAUAGUGCUUCCAAUUUUCAUGUUUAAUCUUUCAUAAUAAACAUUUC